AUGACCAGCUUCCUGCAUGGUCGGAAGCAGUAUCAGGGGUGGGUGUUUGGACCCACCGAGACUGUGGUGAUCUCGGGCAGCGGCUUCCCCGACCUCGUUCCCGAUGGGGCUGACCCCGAUGCCGCCGAGAAGAAGGCGGUUGCUCUCCUGUUCGAGUAUGCCCAGGUGGAGCCCGAGAAAGGCAAGAAGAAGAAGACGGGUUCCAACAACAGUGAUGCCACCAUGGAGCGUGAUCUCCUGGAUGAUGUGGGGUACCCCACGUGGAAGGGGCAGAUUCUGGAUGGAGAGCAGCUGUGGGCGCUAAUAGAGGGCUUGGAGGCCAAUGGGCUGCUCUUCUACACGCACCUGCUCACCGGUGGGUUCCAGCUCCUCUCCUUCCAUUCUCUCCCUCACACACUUUCCUUUCCCCCCUCUCUCCCUCUUUCCCUCCCUCCUUCCCUCCCUCUCUCCCUCUUUCCCUCCCUACUUCCCUCCCUCUCUCCCUCCUUUCAUCAGAAGUAUCCUCAAGACUUGGCUAGAGCAGCGGAGCUAGCAGUGGCAUCCCUACAGCAGAGCUGGCAGUGGCACUGGGCUGUCCAUGGCUUUGAGGCAAGCUAUAUGAGCAGAGUUGGCAUUGGCAACCCGUGGCAUUGCAACCUUCCUGACCUGAUUGCUGCUCUCCUCCCAUUCUUUCUCCCUACAGGCUGUGCUCGCACGAACCUUGCAGCACCGCUCUCCACCUCUGGACGGCACCGAGUCCUCUCCCACUCCCCCACUCCCAAGCGCCUGGAGCUCUGCCUCGUUCAGAGCCGCGAUGACAUUAUAAGCCCGCCUGUUGUGUUACGUGCACAAGCGGUUGAAAGCGGUGUAGAUGGUUUAGAUGGAUUGCAAGAUGGUGAAAGUGCCUUGCGCGUGACGCGGACCGUACUUGUCUCCCGCCGAGUAGCCAUGGAGGACGCAGAGGCGCGCCGCUCUCGCCUGCGCAGCAUGCGCGAGUCCGCGGCGAAGCAGCAGGCGGCGUCCCCCGGCGCGCCCACGCCUUCCGCCGCCCUCUCCGCACUCCCCUCCCCUGACUUCUCUCCGCCGCUUAUCCGCACGCAUCUGCGUGUGCGCCAUCCGGGGAAGGCGGACCUGGGGGAGGUAGAUCUGCUAGACGGCCAGCAGGAGCAGCCACCACAGGCUCGGGGAAUUUCUCACAGGCCUCAUGUGGAGAUCGCGAGCAUGGAGGUGAAAGCCCAGCUGCUGGUGGUGGAGGGGAGAUGUCCCAUGAAGCAUCGCCACAUCUCUUAA